CUACCAUGUAAGACAGUAACCAUAGGUACAUAGUAAAUUCUAAACUUAUAAUCUGUCAUGAACAACAUUCAAUUAUAAAAUAAUAAUGAUAAAGAAACCAUCACUGAAUGAUAUAUGAUGAUGUAUAAUAUGAAGAAAAGAAAAAAUCAAUAUUUGAGAUUACAUUUCGCAUAUUUACAAAAAUAUAAUGGCAAACAUUUAAAAUUUAUCUUGUAACUAUAGAUAUAUAUAUAUAUAUACAUAUAAUUAAAAGUUAACAUCAUCAUCUUGAUCAUCAUCAUCAACAUCAUUUCGAUCAUCAUCUUGAUCAUCGUCAUCAUCAUUUCGAUCAUCGUCUUGAUCAUCAUCAUCAUUAAGAUAUUUCAUAAAAAGGAAAACAAUUCUGGGAUUAAUUUUAUCAUCACGUGUUUUUUUUACAAAAAGCAUUUUUUUUUACUAUGUGGUUAAUCUAAGAGAAAAAAAACAAUUAUGGGUUGCGUGAAUACAAAAUCAAUUUUAGAUAAAUCAAUUGAAGACAUUGAAAAACCUGAAAUUUUAUUGAAAAUUGUAUUAAUCUUUUCACAGGCUGAUAAACAAACUCAAUUAAUGAUUGAUGCAGCUCAACAAUUAAAACAUAAUUGUACAUUGAUCAGUACAAUUAUAGAGAAUACAACAAAAAAAGAUAUAGAUAAGAUAAUGAAUGAAAAGCUUAUUGAUUUACAACAGAUUAUUGAUAUGGUUGUAUUGGAUGUUCGUAAACUGAAGCCGAACCGGUCUUUCAGUAUGCCCGGUACCAAAUCGUCACAAUGCUCAGAAAUCAAUAUCAGUAAUAAUAACUUUAGUCCAUCAUUGAGCAAUUGGUGUAAACAACUUAGAAGUUAUUCAUCGACAAAAGAUUCAGUUAUUGUAGGAUUAUUAAGUCGGAAAUGUUCUUCGGAUCAAAGAAAAAUACUUAUGAAUAAAGCUUUAAAAUCUGGUUGUAAUAAAUGUAUUUUUGAAGCAACAACUGUAGAUGAUUUUUGUGAAGAAUUAAAAAAUUUUGCUAAUAAUGAAUGGAAAUUAUUAAAUCAAUUAAGAAAUUACAUUUGUACUAACAAUAUUACUACCAAUACAACAACAACAACAACAACUACUACUAUUACGACUACUACUACUAGUACUACAACUAGUAGUACUAGUAGUACUAGUACUCCCACUACUACUUCCACCAUAGAUAAUAAUGAUACAACAACAACAAAAGCAAUAAACAUUGUUACUACCUCUAAUAAUAAUGAUCACAUUGUAGAAUCAGACAACAUUCAAUCCAAUACAGAAUUAAAUGAGAUUUUACUAAAAAAUGAGUGUAAAAUUCAAAUGAAAUCAGAGACUAGACAACCGACAAUUAAAGAAUCCGUCGAUAAUGAAAUAACAUCAACAGAUGAACUGAAAGCCAAUGUUAUUGAUUCAGUCACUGUGUUACAUGAGCAAGGAAAGAAAUUUAGAGAAUUUAUAUCCGUACGAAAAACUAGAAACUCAGAUACAAACAAUAUUGUCAGUUUAAGUGCGUUAUUACAUUCUAGAUGUCCAGAUUUUUCAUCACCAAUGUGUAAAGUAAUUGGAAUUUUAAACUCUGCACGUGUUCGUAGUCCAUUACCAGUAGCAAAAGAUUUACAAAAAGCUAUUAAUUUAAUAUGCAGUUCAAAUGUAUUUGUGGAUCAAAUAAUGAAACCAUUAAGUCGAACAAAUGAUCCUAUUACAGCAGAUUUAAUUGAAGGUUUGAUAACUGGAUCAAACCUAGCUAGAGAACCAGAGAACUUAUUAAAACUUCGAUCUUUGGCUAAAUCUCUAAAAGGAUCUGAAAAUGUUACAACAACAUUGUCAACUUUACAAAAUAGUUCAGAAAUUGAAACUUGUCUAUCAAAUUAUGAUAAAUGGGAUUUCAACAUAUUUGAUCUUGAACGAUUAACUAAUAAAAAACCUCUCACUUAUUUAGGUAUGAAGAUAUUGGACAGUUUUAAUGCUCUUAGUGUACUACGUAUACCUAGUCAAAUUUUAAUUGGUUGGUUAACAGUAAUUGAAGAACAUUAUCAUGUGGAUAAUCCAUAUCAUAAUGCUACACAUGCAGGUGAUGUUCUACAAGCAUCAGCUUACUUUCUACAACAUAGUUUAAUAAGAUCAAUAUGCACAAAUAUCGAUGAAGUUGCUACACUUCUAGCCGCGAUAGUACAUGAUGUAGACCAUCCGGGGAAAACAAAUCCAUUUCUUGUGAAUAGUAAUGAUCCAUUAGCUAUUCUAUAUAAUGAUAUUGCUGUAUUAGAAAGUCAUCAUGCGGCUGUUUCAUUUGAAUUAACCCUCCGAUCACCUGACAUCAAUAUUUUUCAGAAUUUAACACGUGAAGAAUAUCGUACAAUGCGUAGCUAUAUUGUGGAUAUGGUAUUAUCUACUGAAAUGGUACGACAUUUUGAUAUAGUUACAAAAUUUGUAAAUACAUUAAGUAAACCAAUGCUUGCAAAGAAUCGACACCAUGAUCGUUCAUCUGUUGGUAGUAUGAGUUCUAUGGAAUCAUGUUCUAUGGGAAUGAUAAUAUCUCAUUCUACUUCACCAAGUCCUGGACAAGAACGUAUAUCUAGUACAUUAGAAAACUUAUCAACUGCAGAAAAUAGAACAUUAAUUAAACGUUUAAUAAUUAAAUGUUCCGAUGUUAAUAAUCCUACAAGACCAUUAUCUAUAUGUAAAGAAUGGGCAACAAGAAUAGCAGAAGAAUACUUUUGUCAAACUGAAGAAGAGAAACGACGUAAUUUGCCUAUUGUUAUGCCAAAUUUUGAUCGACAAACUUGUAAUAUUUCACAAUCUCAGUUAUCAUUUAUUGAUUUCUUUUUAAAAGGAAUGUUUUCAGGAUUUGAUUGUGUUUUUCCAAUACCUGAACUAAUGAGUAAUCUAGAAAGUAAUACAGCUUAUUGGUCUAAUAAUAUUGAAAAAGAGAAAAAACAACAUACAACUUAUCAAAUAGAAACAAAAUCAAUAUCUAUUCACCAGGAUUAAAUUUUUAUUUUAUUUUAUUUUUCUGUUUUUUGUUUGUUUUUCGGUUUUAAAAUUUAUUUUUCAAUACUUUAAAUUUAUUUGUUCUCUUGUUACCAAGUUAGAAACAGAUUAAUGUAGACAUAUUAAUAUAUAUAAGCAUGUACAUCAAAUCUAUCUAUCCUAUUCUCUUUUAUUUUAUCCUGUCUUAUCCUAUCUAUCUAUCUAUCUAUCUACUUAUCUAUCUACCCUAUCCUACUUUAUUCUAUCCUAUCCUAUCUAUCUAUCUAUCUAUCCACACAUCUAUCUAUCUAUCUACUUAUUUAUCUAACCUAUCCUAUUUUAUUGUAUCCUAUCCUAUCUUAUCCUAUCUAUUUAUCUAUCUAUCUAUUUAUCUAUCUACUUAUCUAUCUAUCUACCCUAUCCUAUCCUAUCCUAUUUUGUUCUAUCCUAUGUCAUUAUCUAACUAUCUAUCUGUCUAUUCACACAUCUAUCUACUUAUAUAUCAUUGCAUUGAUAUAGAAGAAAGAAUAAUCUAACAGAAUCAUAUCGAUUGUAUACUCAUCAAUUAUUAGUAUUGUUAUAGUUAUUGUUUUUAUUGUUAUCAAUUAUUUAAUUCUUAAUGAAUAUUCGUAAAAUUAAUGAAUUCCGUAUAAACUAUACAUAGAACAGUUGAAAACGAAAAACAAAAAAAAUUUUUCUUUUCUAAACAAAGAAAACAAAAAAAAACAAUAAAAAGAAAAAUAAACAAAACAAUAUAGAAUUUUUGUUUGAAAAUUUUUCUUGGCGUUUUUAUAUUGUUAAUUCUUUUUUCUUUCUUUUCUUUUCUUUACUUUGCUUUUUUUCCUGUUUUCUUUUUCUUUUUGUUUUUUUUUGUAUCAUAGAUAAUUAUUCAGUUAAAUUCUUUGAAAUAAUUCAAAAGAUCCAUCUUCACUUCUAGAUCUAUCUUCAUUAUAUUCAUACUGAUAUUCUCAUUUGUCAUUAUUUUUAGUUUUAAUGACGUUUUUGUUUUCUUUUUUAAUGAGAUACCAAAUUAAGUUGAUAGAGAAGUUUUGAGUGUUGUACAAGAAUGCUUAUAAUUACAUAGAUACAUCAUUACUACUACCAAUACUACUACUACUACUACUAUUACUCUUAUGAGUAGUAGUAGUAGUAGUAGUAAUAUUCCUUAUAAAUAAUUUUGUUUAUUCAAACAAAUCAUUUAAAUUCAAUUCAUAUUAUUAUACAAUUCAAUAUUAUUCAAUGAAUAUUCUUUAUUCAUGUCUUACGAUUUAUUACUAAUAAAGAUGAAUAUAAGUAGUAUUUUUUUAAAAAAUGAAUCAAUAUUUUAUUUUAUUUCAUUGUUUGUUUUGUUUUCUACAAAGUAAAACAAUCAAAUUUUACUUUAUCUUACUAUUCUCUAUUUCUAAUUGUCUACCUCGUGUAGAAUCAUGUUACAUUGUGUUAUUAUUGAUUUAUGACAUUUUUUUAUUGAUUCAUUAUUUAUUGACUUAUUGACUUACUUACUGAUUCACUUAUUGACCUACUUAAGCCUAUUACUCUCAAUGGAUCAUAAGCUACCGACUAGCAUUCUCUAUAUAAGUUUAUAUUUCUAUGUUAAUAGAAUGUCUACAUGUAUUCCUUUAUGUCUUAGUAACUAUGACCAUCCUCAAAGAAUAUGUUCUUCCAUAAUAGAAAUGUAUUAUUAAUAUUAUUAUUAUUAUUAUUGUUAUUGUGAAUAGUAGUUCUUAUUUGACCUAUAUCCUCUAUAUGUAUUGUACAGUGAAAAUGUAACUAUUAUUGUCAUGUUCUAUUGUAUUUAUAUUAUUGAUAAUUGACAUUAUAUAAUACCAUGUAAUCAAUUCAAACAAUUGAACAAAGCUUAUGAUGAUGUAAUCAUUUAUAUUAUGUUGUUUAUGUGAUGUGACUACUAUUGUAAAUCAACAGUAUGAAUAUUGUUAUUAUAAAAUGUUAUGAAUCAAUAUAAAUAUUCUUGUCAUUGUGU